GGGCACAGUUGCAACAAGAGAGGGAACACCAACAACACGCCAUCGAGACUCAUUAUCUCGGUUAAAGGUUUAUAGGCAUUUGCAGUAUCGGCGACGAUUAGAGGACAUGGUAACACUCUUAAAGCCACCAUUAAAACAAAUGGAUCUGAUCUAACCAGGACGUACCCCUGAUUUUCAUCGUUUACUUUGAAAGCAGGCGACAGAUAUGACCCAUACACCGAAGAAAGUGACGGGCAGUGAGCUCACACAGGAGAGUCUCUGUCAGUCUCUUGAAGCCAAAUUGAGCCCAGAAGAACCAGAGGUCCCUGAAGUGGCUGGGCCGAGCAUAACAACAUCGCAGCCAGCCGAAUCGUUGCUUUACACAAAUUAUAACCAGAGGAGCGAUGAGUUCAGGAAGUUAUUUAGAGAGGUGCCCCAGUCGGAGAAACUUAUUGCAGACUACACGUGUGCUUUGCAGAAGGAUAUCCUAUUACAAGGACGCCUCUACCUCACAGAGAACUGGUUAUGUUUCUACAGUUUAGUUUUUCGUGGUACAAAAAUCAUGUUGAACAUGAAGGAUAUCACCUCAAUGUCAAGAGAGAAGACUGCAAAAUGGAUACCAAACGCUAUACAGAUCAAUACUCUUUCAGAAAAGCUGUUCUUUAGCUCUUUCUCAGCAAGGGAAAAAAGUUUCCAGGGAAUAUUUCGGCUUUGGCAGAAUAUUCUACUCGAGAAGAGCCUGACGAAGUCCGAGCUGUUGCAGAUGAUAAAGCAACAUUAUGGCAAUGACUUGGGGUUGAGUUAUGAUGAAAUGGAAAGCUUUGUAACAUCAGCUGAUACAGUCACAACUGCUCAACCAAGUCUAAACAUGCGUGGAGAAGAUAGCACCGGGAGGCCAGAAAGACCCACAUCACUUCGUCUUCCUCAGGGAGAACUGAAUUCCUAUGAAACCAGUACACCACAGGGGGAUAAUUCACAAUCUUCAGUUGGACUCCAAAGCACACUUUCUGUAAAUGGGGACGAUACUCUGAGCCCCUCGUCCCGUCAGUGCAGUCCAAAUCUGUCAUUGAACCGUUCUGGGUCCGAUCGUGUUUCUAAACGCUCCUCUCUCUCACUGGAUCUGAAUGCCAAUGAGGACCAGCUCUCGGAUAACAGCAGAUCUGACAGCCUGGAAGAGGUGGAGGAACGUGAGCCUGCGUCUCCAGCAUCUCAGGGAAGGCUGUAUGUGAACAAGGUGUUUCACAUUAGCGCGGAGAAAAUGUUUGAACUGCUUUUCACCGAUUCCAAUUUUAUUAGGAGAUUUCUGGAUAUUAGGAAGAUCACAGGUUUGACCUCUACGUCAUGGCAAAGGGAUCCUUCUGGCUGUAUGAAAAGGACUUUAAACUACAGCAUCACCAUUACUAACCCGCUAGUCGGCAAAAUGUCCACUGCCACAGAGAACCAGGUACUAUAUAAAGAAUCAAGGGAAGGUCAAUACUACAUGGUGGGUGCUGAGGUGUACAUGCACGAUGUCCCAUAUCAUGAUUACUUUUACACCCAGAAUCGCUUCUGUAUCAUCAGUAACUCCAAACACAAGUGCAGACUCCGGAUCUACACUGAUGUGAUAUACAAGAAGCAACCCUGGGGUCUUGUGAAGUCAUUUAUCACUAAAAACUCAUGGAGCGGGAUAGAAGACUACUUUAAACAUCUUGAGGCGGAGCUUCUUGAAGAAGAGGUUGAGAUGACACAAGGAAGUGGAGACGCUGGGAAGGCUGGAACGUUGCGUAGGAGACGAAGAACAUUCAGUCGCUCCCUACAGGAACACAUGAAGCCGGGCAAGCAGUACAGCUUAGACUCCGAACAGCAGAGAGGGGGCAGCAUGGGUGCAAUGGACAUGAAAAACGCACAAAAAUUGAACGUCACUACCAUUAUAUUUGGGAUGAGUUUAAUACUUUUUGUUCUGACGGUUCUGAACUUGGGGUUAUUCUUUAAACUUUGGGCAAUGGAGGAUGUCGCCCAUCGUAUGUAUCUGAGCACCAAGCACAGAAUGAGGGAGAAAGCAGAGUCCAAUUUGCAAUCUGACCUAGGGACAAGACAGGGUCUGCCACUCAGAAGUCGAGAGGAAGUGAACUUACUGAAGACAGUACUGCAAGACUCCAUUAACCUUCUUGAACAACUACGCAGCUCUCUUAUGGUGCUUCAGCAGAAUUUUCAAGUCUACAACAGAACCUCCUCACAGCUUUAAUGGCAUAAGUAUGGUGACCUGAGAACACAAAGGCAUUCCUCCCUUGAGACCUGCCCUCGCUGUGGAGCGUUGUCAUAAGGACUGUGCCCAAAGGCAGACUGGUAGCCAUGUUCAUAGUCUCUCUGGGCCUUCAUGUUGUUGGUUGUAAGCUUUAUUGACUUUGGAGGGGAUCUUCAUGCUGGCAUACUAAAAGUUUCCUCCUGGAUUUGUUCACUUUACCCUGAUGGCCUUGAAACUGAAGGAGAAAAGUGACUGUGUAUUUUUUUCAUUGUUCAGAGUUGAUGAACUGAAACAUUAAAACAGCAGCACAACACACAUGGCAUAUUUUACUAUUUUGAUGACGGAAGCCUUAUAAAAGGAAAUCAUAAAAGCUUAAUGGAUUUGGUGCCGUUGCACAGGAGUCUUCUCUUUGGAGGCAAUGCAGGCCCAUUGCUUCUACAUAUCAGGAGCUUACGAUCUGCCUAAUGUUCAUGUGGCCUUAUCUCUUGAAUUAGACAAAUGUUUUUGUCUUAAGAUACCUCUAUGAAUAUGUCAAUGAUUGCACCUUUUAAACGUACUAAAGCAGGGAUCGAAUGAUUGUACACACAGUAAA